AUGGCUUUCACUAUACUGAGGCCAAUGUCCGCUCAUCCUUUCUCGUUUUCCGUGGACCUGAGCCUGACGUCGGACGAGGACGAAGGGAACCGCAGCGAGAGCGAAGGCAGCGUUUACGGCUUCUGCGGCGGCGACGGGGUGGUGGUACAGCAGCGGAACGCCGCCAACGCCAGAGAGAGGCACCGGACACAGAACGUCAACACGGCUUUCAGCGCGUUAAGGACGCUCAUUCCCACGGAACCCGUGGACCGAAAACUGUCCAAAAUCGAAACGCUGCGUCUGGCGUCUAGCUAUAUAUCGCACCUGACCAAUGUGCUGGUGGUGGACGAUGAGAGGGAGGACGGCACACCCUGCCUGAGCGCCGUGUAUAAGGAGGCGAGGGGCAGCGGAGACUCCAGGCAGCCCCGGAACAUAUGCACGUUCUGUCUCAGCAAACAGCGAAAAGGGGCGAAAGACAGACGAGAUUGUAUGAAAAUGCAUGGAGGGGCAGCGAGAAAAAUACAUUCUCGAUAA